AUGGAUAUUCUUAACAGUAACGUGAAGUACGCAUUCAUCCAGUCAUGUGAGCAAGAGAUUAAUAUUCUUCUGAAUUUCCGUCUCAAAUCAUCUUUUGUCCUCAACGAGCAUGGGCCUGUUCUCAUAGUCCCAUUAGCAGAAGUUGAGUUCAUUCGAUUUGAACAAAGUCUAGAAGGACGCCGUUACAAGUACUUCGAUAUGGUUGCAGUUUACAAGGACUACCGUAUCGAGCCAACUUCGAUCUAUGCAAUGUCAGAUACUUAUAUGGAGAAGACAAAGUUUUGGUUUGAAUCUCGUGACAUUUGUUAUAGCGAAGGAGAUCUGCAAAUUAAUUGGCCUCUUGUUCUGAAAACCGUUAUGCAAGAUGCAGAGGGGUUUUUCAACGACGAUGGAUGGCUUAAAUUUUUUGAAACUCUGAAUCCAGACUCAAGUGAUAAAAACAUUGGUGAAAGUGAUCAUUGA